AUGCUAGGGUUGCCUCGGCCCCGCUUGACGCGCCUGGAGAGCAAAACUCGCUCUGGGUCCUCUGUUUCUAGUGGCUCUACUGCUUCCACCGCAGAGUCCUCGGUCUCAAGCUCGCCUUCCAUGACGGACCUCGUACCGCCGUCAAAACAAUUCAUGGAGGAGGAGCGGCCGGUGGCAAAAGUUGGUUCCGAAUCGCAGGACUCUUGCAAUCUGCAGGAUAUGGAGUUGAUGAUGAACUGGUGCACGAGGACAUACAAAUCCAUGUCGCGAGACGGAACAGCCGAAGCACUCUGGCAGACAACUAUUCCUCAAAUAUCAUUGCGUUUUCCCUCUCUUCGACAUGGGCUUUUGGCCCUAUCGGCUCUGCAGCUGGCUGGAGCUAGUCGAGCUCCGCAACGCAAGUGGCGAUAUCUAGUUACAGCGCGGGAGCACCAUGCCGAGGCACUGAGAGGAAUCCAUCCGGACGGGGAAGGGGGAGCUCUCCCAAUCGCAGUGCGACGCUGCCUUCGCUCUGUGCUGCGUAUUGUUGAGGACGGGAAGCCAGACGUAUUGGACGAGUUUCUCGAAGUUUUUGAACUCACACGAUGGCUCGUGAGGGCCAUGAUGACGACGAUGGAGCGGGUUGCUGGUGGCGAGCUAUGGCCUCUUGUACGACCUGCCACGCUGCAUCCGACCAUGCCAGAUAUGUCGCGACUGGUGGUGCGAGAAAUGCAGCGGCAGAAUGAAAUCGAGGCUGCACGCAAUCCUGCCCAUGAGAGGGGCGUUUAUGAAAACACCAUCGAACAUCUGAGCCACUGCCUGGAGCAGUUGAUGAACGGCGGUGAGCCCAAAGACUUUGUUUUUUGCUGGACUUUUCGCAUCCCCGGUCGGUUUCAGGAUCUGGUCCGAGAACGAGAGCCGUUUGCCUUGGCGGUACUCGCCCACUACGCAGUCACUUUGCACCAUCUGCGGGACUCGUGGUGGAUGGGGAAUUGGGGGGCUCGGAUCCUCAAAGAGAUUGUUGAUCUCCUGGGAUCAGAGUGGUGCGACCUACUUAGCUGGCCUAUCGAUGCUACCGGCUGUUCUUGGCCAGAGCAAUGGUUUGAGCCAGCUACGUGA